AACCAAAGAUGGAACAAAUCUUGGAAACAUGAAGGUCCAUUGGGACAGUGGAAGAUCACUAUCUGCAUAUAACUUAGCAUCGUUUCUUAUUUAACAUGAAUAUUCCAUGAGAGAUGCUGAUACGUUGGGUAUAAAAGGUGCCCAAAGUGACCAGCAGCGGUGCUUCCUGACACCGCAGCCAUGACAGGUCAGUUGCUGUCCUAUGGCAAAGCAAAUCUUUUAUUUCAAUGAAGACCGUGGAGGAGCGCAGGGUGAUGCGGAGGGCUGGGGGUCUGAAUGCCCCAGGCGGAGGCUGUGUCGUGUGCGGAUUUCCUGGACAUGCUGAUUCCUCUCCAAAGACGUAGUUAGAUUAGCCGCAGUGUGUAUGUGCUUACAUGUGCCCUAUGCUGGACUGCCAUCCUGUCCUGUGUGCACUGUUUCAUAGGUUUUACUAUUAACUCUCGGAAGUAAUUAUGAAUAUGUAUAUACCAUAAAAGCAAGAACUGGCGUCCAUGUCGGCGCCUUUAAGAGGGGAAGUGACGGAUGUGGCCGCGGCUUCGCCAGCGCCGCCGCCUCCACGUCCUCCCGGCCCCAGCUACCGCAGCGGAAAGAUGGCCGCGGUGGAGCGACAGCAAGUUAAGGAGGGGCUGCGGAUCGCCAUGCUCUGCGCCUGCUGGUACACCGUCAGCUCCGGGGGCAACGUGAUCAACAAGAUCAUCCUGACCGGCUUCCCGUACCCGGUCACCGUGUCGCUCUUCCACAUUUUGUCCAUCGUCCUCUUCUUGCCGCCGCUCCUGCGGGCUUGGGAGGUCCCGAAGACUGAACUGUCUAGCAAAUGCUACCGAUGGUACAUUUUGCCUUUAGCCUUCGGAAAGUACUUCGCGUCCGUGUCGGCUCACUUCAGCAUAUGGAAGGUGCCUGUCUCCUACGCGCACACAGUCAAAGCCACAAUGCCAAUUUGGGUUGUGCUCUUAUCACGAAUCAUCAUGAAGGAGAAACAGACAACGAAGGUGUACAUAGCACUCAUCCCUAUCAUCGGGGGGGUGCUGCUGGCCACCGUCACUGAGCUCUCCUUUGACCUGUCUGGCCUGAUCAGUGCGCUCGCUGCCACCCUCUGCUUUUCUUUGCAGAACAUUUUCUCCAAAAAGGUGCUACGAGACACACGGGUUCACCACCUGCAGCUCCUGAACGUCCUGGGCUUCAACGCCGUGCUGUUCAUGGUUCCCACUUGGGUGCUGGUCGACCUGUCUGCCUUCUUAGUGGAUGGAGAUCUGGCCGGGAUACUCAGCUGGUCUGGAACCUUCCUGCUGCUUCUGGUCAGCGGAUUCUGUAACUUUGCGCAGAACGUGAUUGCCUUCAGCGUGCUGAACCUGGUCAGCCCGCUGAGCUACGCUGUGGCAAAUGCCACCAAGAGGAUCAUGGUGAUCAGCAUUUCACUUCUGAUGCUGCGCAACCCUGUAACCUUCACCAACAUGCUGGGCAUGUUGACGGCCAUCCUGGGUGUCUUUCUCUAUAACAAGGCCAAAUAUGAUGCCAACCAGGAGGCCAAAAAGAAGCUGCUCCCCGUGUCUAAGGAGGAUAUGGUUUCCUUCGACCCAGCGAGCACCGUCCCGGAUGCGAUGCAGCCCAACGGCUCCGUGCCCUUCACCAAGGCCUCAGAGCUCCAGUACGGUCGCAGCAACGUUCUCACCGACCACUUCCAGUACAGCCGGCAGGCCUACACGAUGGGCUAUGGGUCCAACCAGUAUGACGUCUAGGGUGCUGCCAAGUGGUUACUAUGUCCCUUUCUGUGUGAACCCCCCCACCCCACCCCACCUGACCCCACCCCCUCCAGCGCUGUCCAAACCUCCUAAGACUCCAAAGGAAGGUAAAUGCUGGUGUGCUAGAGGAAAGGAGGCAUGGAGACUCUUUGUGGGACAAACAUCUUGUCUAGAACUGCAAAGUACUCCGACAGAUGUGCCUCCUGUUGUCAUUAAAAUCCAUUUUCAAGAAACCGGUGAUUCUGCAAUGAAUCAUCUUAGAGUUGAGGAAGAUGAAUACACCCAUACUGCAACAUUGUACACCAUAUCAUUCAGGGAAGAGGGUGUUUUUACGGUUAGAAUGUUUUGGGUUUGGAAGUAAUGGCCCAGCCUGCUGCUCUUUUGCAAAGAAAAUUCAAAUGCAAGUCAUAGGUCCUUGCAAGUGAAAAUUGCGUUGAAAAAUUAUGCACUUGGACAACAGCAUGUAACUGCUUGACUCACUGGCAGUAAAUAUUUGGCUGAUAUGAGAUGGACUCGUAAGUUUAUACGAUAAGAACUUCCCACGUCAUAUCCAAAGGAUUGAUGAAAUCCUCACGUCUGCUUGUUGCAUUGCUUCACCACCACCUGCUGUAGCAAUAUGUUUAUUUAUUUAUUUAUUUAAACUGUUUUGCUCAGUCAAACAUUUGUGCCGAUCAACCCGAAACAGUGAAUGAGAAAUCAGAGCGUGCGUGUGUAAGUGUGACCUCGUUACGGACAUGGGGAUUACGAAUCCCCUUUACAAAUCACGUGUCGUACAGCGACCGGACCAGAAACCUUAUUCAGCCUGGCUCAUGUAGUUAAUUGGUUCCCUCUGCUAAAGAUGUUCCCCUUUUUUAAGUCUCAUACAGUAUCCCCUUUCAGUAUAUCUUUUAAUGUGAAGUACAAGUCUCUGUCAUGAUUUGUUAUAUGGGAAAAAUAAUGAUUUGUUUGGUGUUAGUUUGUAGCUUGAAGAAAAAUUGACAGUCAAAUGGCGUUUGUUUUCCUGUAAUGAAAUAAGGAAUGUUGUUCAACUUGGGUGUUUUAAGUAUGCUUCUAUCAGAAGGCUUACAGUGUUUUUAUUUUUUUAUAAUGGGGCAUGUUUUAUAUAAUGGACUAUCACUUCUAUAAAUAAAUAUUAGUUCAGUUUUUUGCAACGUGCAAUAUUGCACACUUUA